CCUCUGAGCGCAGCACAGAGCUACAAUUAGGCACCAGUGACUGGUUUCACUCGUUUUUCACUGCACCGCUCCACCGUGCCCAGGAUGUGGGUUCAUCUGUUAUACCAUGGCGCGUGUGCGGUGAAUUAAUGGAAGUAGUGCUGAGCUGGAGACACUUUGCCUUGGACUCUUUGGACUUUCUAGACACGUGCAGAGGGUAUGGGUGCCGGACAGUAAACUGCAGAACCUGAGUGGUGAAGAUGCAGCACACCUCAUGUACAGAGGACAGGAUCCAGCAUGCUCUGGACAGAUGUCUGGACGGGCUGAAACAGAGCCCCACAGCAGCACAACACUGGAAUGCAGGUCACUCAAUGAACCGCUGGAGCCUGGAGGAGCUGGUGAAAAGAAACCCUGAGAACUUCCUCAUCCUCUUACAACAGAUCAUCAUAAAGACCAAAGAGGUUCAGGAGCAGUGUCAGUAUGAGCUGGUGGUUCCUCUCGCCAUCAUGUUCUCCUCCACCCUGCUUCAGACACCAUACUGUCCUCCAGACACAGAGAUGUUGGAGGAAGCUAUUGAGGUGUUUCAUUGCUUCCUUACCUGGCCUGAGCCAUACUGCAGUGUGUGUAGAAACCUCCUCUCCACACUACAGCUGGAGAUCAAGGCUCCGGGGAUUUCCUUUCAGAGACUGGUGAGAGAAGAGCAAGGCCUUAACACCUCCAGCCAGUGCUCCAAGACCAUGACAGUGCUGCUAAUGAAUCCCGAUGAGGUGCCCGCUGACUUUCUCUCAGUGGCUGAGCAGCUCAGUCGCAUUCAGCACUCACAGAAAGAGACCUACAUCAUCCUGAUCAAACAUGCCUUCCAGUCCACAUUAGGCACCAAGUACCCUCUGCACAGCAUCCACAGAGCCUUGCAGGGGAAAACUGUGAAUGACCUGGGAGUGAUCUUCUCUAAGUUAAGUGAUAUGUUAGAGGAGGCGGCUGCCAUACAUGACCCUCUGAAGGGGCGUAGUCAUGUGAUCCAGGGACUGGAGAAACUGAGGGAGAGGCUGAGAAUCCAAGCAUCCAAUGGAAGGAAGUCUGAUGGAAUGCUGCAGACAUUGCCCCUGCCAACAGCCAAGUGUUACAUGUUUCACUGGGAAAAAGAUAACUUUGAUGUUCUGAACACCCUUUUGGAGAACGACCCUGAUGAUCUCAUCACUAAUGAGCAGGUUGAGGAAGAAGAAGAGGUUUACAUUGAUGAUGACGAGGAGGAUGCAACAGAGAUUGAUAUAGAAAAAGAUGAGAAAGAAGACAAAGAAGAGGAGGAACGUGGAAUAGAAGUGCCUUUGAUGUCAAUCAUCCCUAAUGGCUACAACCCAGACCAUCGUGUGUCCACCUUUUCCACCAUCUCCACCCUGUCUACUGCCUCCAAAGACUCUAUGUUCUCCACCUUGUCUAUAGCCUCAGAGUCCUACGCACCAUCCCUCUUUUCUGUCACUUCUGGAAUUGACAGUGACUACUUUGAAGAUUCUGAUGACUAUAUGUGCUCCUCUCCUGUUACUGAAAAAUGUUUGCCCAAGUCUACCAAAGCUUCAGCUCGGCUUAGCCAGCAAUUUUCUCGGCUCUUCAUAAAACCCAGGAGCACUCGUUCACUGUCCCGAGCCAAAAGCUUAGGAAACACAGAAUCAAAAGACCUUUUACUGGUACGAGAGAAGCGCUCCAAUUCUCUCCCCCAACAAGUCAAGUUACGUAGUCCUGAGCCCCUGUUACAGACACACAGUCAAACUCUUAGACAUGUCUGCUUCAGAAGGAGGCCUAUCCUCAGCAGUGAUGAGGACAGUAAAAAUAUGACGCUGAGGGUGGUUGUGUUUGGCGCUGAUCAUGUAGCGGGGAAGGUGGCCCGAGCCUACAAUAGCCUGAGGAAGAAGGAGAGUGUGUGUCCACGUCUCAGCAGGGCCUUCAAGCUUCAGUUCUACUUUGUGCCUGUAAAGAGGGACUCAGCAGGACUACAGAGGUGUCGGAGGUCUUCCACUCCUGUGAUUCAAGCUGUAAUCCCCAAAGGAGCGGCUGUGUCUAAUCAGGAUUUUCAAGUCACGGGCACAGAGGACAGUACUAAUGACAUCGCCCAUCUUCUCGGCAUGUUGGACCCUUGGUACGAAAAGAACACCCUCAGCCUGCUUAACCUGCCUACCAGCGUCGUCUGCCAGCAAACCUCAAAGACAGAGUCAGACUCAUAUGAUAGUUCAUAUGAACAGCGUCUACCUAUCCUGGCCGACCUGGUCCUGUACUAUUGCCGCUAUGCUGCCCGACCAGCUCUGAUCCAGCUCUACCAGGCAGAGCUGACAUUAGCUGGUGGAGAGAGGAGGACUGAGGUGUUUGUCCACUCCCUGGAGUUGGGUCACAUUGCAGGAACACGAGCCAUCAAGGCCAUGGGUGCUGCCAGUAAGCGGUUUGGUAUUGAUGGUGACCGAGAAGCAGUGCCUCUGGUUUUGGAGUUGGUCUACAACAAGGUGGUGAUUAGUGGUAGAAGCCAGUGGAAAAGGGAAACAAAAGUGUGUACUUCAGUAAACUUGACCAAAGCAUGCAAGAACCCUGAGGAACUAGACUCAAAGAUGGAGUGUCUGCAGCUCACAGUGACUGAGGUUCUGAAAAGACAGAAUGGCAAAAGCAAGAAGGGCUAUAACCAGCAGCUGAAUGUAACCGAGGUGAAGGUGGACAAGGUGCAGGUCAGCGGUACUGGAAAUACAACCUUUGCUGUGUGUCUGGACCAGGAUGAGAAGAAGAUACUACAGAGCGUCACCAGGUGUGAAAUAUCAGUGUGCUAUAAACCUGACAGCUCCACUGACUGGAGGUUCAGAAAAUCCCGGACCUCAGCCCAAAUCCAGCCACUCCACCCCACCUUCUGCUCUCUCCUCUGCCUGCCCAUCGUCACUUUCAGUGGGGCACUUCCUUGAGACUGCUGACCAUUGGUUUGGUUGAAAUGAAAGAGUUUGCGCAGUGCGCUUUAAAAAACACAAACACUGACUGCAGAGGAUAAGUGCACAAGGACGUACAUGUUUAUCAUUUCUCCCUGGAGUCUUGAAGCAGUUGUGGUCAAGUGCACAUGGGGGCGUCCACAAAUGGCACUGGGAUGCAAUUUUUGAAAACAGUUGUUGGUUGGCCUGUGAUUCAACAAUUCCUGAGAUAUGUGAUUCAACAAUCAAGUAAUGGCUACAGAUACAAUGGUUAUAAUGAGGCUGAUUCCCGCUGUCUCUGUGCAAAGCAGUCAUUUGCUGCUGUUAAGGACAAGUUUCACUCUUCAGGUUUCAGUUCCUCUGUUCCUCUCAGGCAGAGAAGUGACCAUAAACACAGUAACAUUAAAUGCAAUUUGGUCGAACAGGAGGAAUCUACAGUCUCAAGUGAGAAGACAUCCAAACUGAACAACCUAUAUGGACAUAGAAUACCAUGUAAUGGUUCUAUAGGGGCAAUUAUCAGAUUGUGACUAUAUCUGAGAAUGGACACUAUGAAUUUAUACAAUAUGUAAAUAUUAUGUUUGUAAAGUAUUAUAUGGCAUACUGUCACUUCAAUGUUGCACAAUAUGUUUUGUCCGUUAUAAAUGGGCUUUUAAUUAUAAAGUUUCUCCUAAGGAGUUACAAUAAAGCCACUCUUUUAAUAGACCUGACCAUAUCACCAGCAGGGGGCGGUAUUAACAUCUCAUUUUACUUCAGUUGAAGUACAGAUUACUGUAACAAGCCAGAAGUGGUAACACUUGUCCAAUUUUGUAAUUGCUCUAUUGUGUCUUAAUUGCAGUAUAAACCAUAUUUUACCCUAAUAAUUUUUAAUUUCAUCAGGGUCACUAAUGGAAAAUAUUAAUUUGCUAUUAUGGUGCUAAAAUAGGUCUACAUUGUAAUGCACAUUUAGAUAUAUCCCUAAUAUUAAUAAAUCUUACACUCUAAAGGGAUAAUAUAUCCUGAUCAUUUGACUAAGACUGAUGUAGUGGCACUGUAUACCGUUGAUAUUUAUUUUAUGGAACAGAAGAUUCAACAAAUUAGGUACUUUUAUGUUCAGAUACAUACCUGGCACCACUGCCCUCUCCCUAAACGUCUUCUCUGAUGGAAAUACUGCAAAUGCAAUUUUGGUUUUAUUAUUAGCGUUCUCUAUGCAAUCGAUAUGCAAUCAUCAUUAAAGUAUAAUUUCAGUGUCAUCUUGAUUUUUGCCUUUGUUUGAACAUUU